CUUGUGACGUCACGCCCCUUACUUGUGACGUCAAGGGCUCUACGCUAUAAAAGACGAGUGUGUCCCUCAGCCAAGCAAGUCGAUUCACAUUCGCUACAGUCAUGAGGGCUCUGGUGCUUCUGGUCGCUGUAUCAUGUUGCUCAGCACAGCUGGUGCUGCCGUACGCGGCGCCCUGGGUGCUGCCUCAAGCGAAGCUGAUCACUACUCCUGAUGUCAAGACCGACCUCAAGACCGUUCCUUUGGUCUCCCCUUACGCCCACCCCUUCGGACAUCCAUUCGCGGAUCCUCAACGCCGAUGAUACUCUCAAGGCCACCGAAUUCCCAUACAUUUACCAAAAGGACGAACAGGAGCCAGCUGUAGAAGAGGCACGUCGUCGUCGUCGCGACGUCAAGAUCCCCCUCCCGUACCUCCACGCCGUGCCCACCGUCACCAAGCACACUGUGGAGACCAAGCAGUUCGAGCCAAUCGACGCCAACACCCCCGCCGACACCACCAAGAUCGAGCUCACCACCAAGGAGCACGAGAUCUCCGUGCCCGCCGUCAAGUACGUGCAGCCCGUGGUCAACGUCAAGCCCGUCACCUACACUGCUCUCUCCCAUGCCGUCCUUCCCUAUGCCCAUGGCCUUCCCUACGCCCACGCUCUUCCAUACGCCCACUACCCUGGCCUCUUUGGCGCCCCCGUCAUCAAGCUUGAUGAGGAGUAACUCCAACCUUCCUGUCAUCCUUAAUCUUACUCACAAAAAAACGACACUUGCUGAUGGAAACUCAUCUGUUGGAUUCGUGUUGGAAUCAAACAUACACGAUGUGUUUACCACUCUCAGUGAAAUGAAAGAAAAUAAAGUUGACAUAACAGUUCCCGAAAAUUAUAAAUAAAAAAAGGAUUGAAAAUUACAAUAGUGAAGAACAAAUCACAAUAUCAUCUAACAAAAAAGGUGUGUAUAUGAUAUGUACAUCCAGCACCGUCAACCUUUUUCGAAAUAAAAUCAUUAAAAUCA